GAUUCUUUACUGGAUUUUCGUUUUUAUGUUAACUGCAGCGUUAUUGUUUUGUGCAAUAUAUACUCUUGUUCUAUUUUCUGACCUUAUGAUCGAUCACAUCAAUCCUAUCGAGUUGUGUGAUAAGGUGAACUUUCUGAUUUAUCCAGAAUUCUUUGGACACGUAUUCCUUACCAUAACGUUGUUGGCAAAGGGGCAUUGGCUUAUAGCACUUUUGAAUGUCCCACUCGUAGCGUACAACGUUAACCGUUACCGCCAGAAAAAGCAUUUAUUAGACAACACCAGAGUUUUUAGUGUCGUUGGAAGAGAACAACGCAUUUGUGAAGUCAAAAUGGGUUUCUUUCUACUGACUUUCUUUGUUUACUUGUAUUGCUUUGUUAUGUCAAUGAUAAAACUGGAAUCAGAUACAAGUAUUCCUGAGAAGCUUGUGCCCUAGCUAAAGUAAAUAAGUACUAGGAACAGAACAACUGGAUAUAGCGGUGUAUCUAUGUGUCGAGCUCUAUCAAAAAUAAAAUUAUUUUCCACUUGUUUUAUUCGCAUUAGUUCAAAAGUAUUCACUGGGAGUGCUUUAGUGACGUGAUUGGGUCGAGAAUAUAUGAAAGCAGGUCUUUCGUUGAUAUUGUCGUCUUGAGAAAGUAAAUAACAUUUCUGACCC